CUUUUCCCACUUUAAAUCGUCAUUCUUAUAAUUCCCCCUUCAUAAACAGAAAAACAUCCCAACUUCACAACACUUCUAUUUUCAAUUUUUCUUCACAGCGCAAAGUGCAGAGGUUCUAAGUUCGAGUCUCCCAUGUCGGGCAUGUCUGGCUUCAACGAGUUAAACCCCCAGCACAGGGUUUGGUCUACAGACUCCGUUCCCCCGCCGGAGACCUACAAGGGCUACGCGCUCAGCGGCAAGAUUAUGCUGAGCGCCAUCGUCAUCCUCUUCUUCGUCGUCAUUCUAAUGGUGUGUCUCCACCUCUACGCGCGCUGGUACCUCCUCCGCGCGCGCCGCCGCAACCUCCGCAGAAACCGCCGCAACCGCCGCAACUUGAUCUUCCACGAGGACGAGGCCGCCGCCGCCGUCUCGGCCGCCAUGCGCGGCCUCGACGAGUCGGUGCUCAAGUCGCUGCCGGUGUUCGUCUACGACUCGAAGACCCACCCGGAGCCGGUUCUGGAGUGCGCCGUGUGCUUGUCGGAGUUCGAAGAGAACGAAACGGGUCGGGUUCUCCCGAAAUGUAAGCACAGCUUCCAUAUCGAGUGUAUCGACAUGUGGUUCCACUCGCACUCCACGUGCCCGCUCUGUCGGUGCGCGGUGGAGCCCGAACCCCAGUCCGAGAACCCGGGCGAUGUUGUGUUGAACGUGUGCGAACCCGAGACUAACGAACCGGGUUCGAGCUCCGGGUUGUGCUCCGAGUGUUCCGGGUCGAGGUCGUUACGGCAGACGUCGUCGUUUGGGCCGAGAAGGAAACCGAUGGAUAUCGCGGUGCCGAGUCGGCACGAGAGCUUUGGGAGGUCCGAGGCGGAGUCGCCGUCGGGUCAGGCGUUUCGGUCGCCGAUGAGUCGGAUGCGGUCGUUUAAACGGAUGCUGAGCAGAGACAAAAGAAACGGCGGCGUUUCGCCUUCCGGGAAUGCGAGUUGUAGCUCGGUGGCCGAGUUGGAUAUUGAGCGAGGACGAGAAGGGGCUGAGUGAACUCAGGGGUAAACUCGGCAAUUUAGCAACUUUAUCAGAUUUUUUUUGGCAGAGACAUCCGGCGACGGUCAGUGAGUUAAAGAGUCAGGAAAGUGUUAGUUGGGGUGGGGGCAAAUAUGGAAAUGCGGAUUUAUACGUGGAAGAAUGGUAGAAGGCGUGGAAUUAUCGCUGUUUGGAAACUUGUGUAUAGUUCAAUUUAUUUGACUCUUUUUUCUUUCAUUUUUUUGUCUCUUAUUUUAUUUAAUACAAAUUAUGUUGGAUAUAAAGACUAAAAAGAAUUGGGAUUG